AUGACAGUCUCCGCGCAAGAUGAGGGUCUCACACCCGAACAGCUUGCCUCCUUCCACCGCGACGGCUACCUCAUCAUCCCCGGCGCUCUCUCCCCGGAGACCGUCUCGGGUCUCCUCUCCGAGACCCACUCCAUGCUCGACAACUUCUCCCUGGCCGACCACCCUAUGACGCGCUUCUCCACUGGAGAGAAGGCCGACCACGUCGGCGACGACUACUUCCUCACGUCAGGCGACAAGAUUCGCUUCUUCUUCGAGGAGGACGCCUUUGACGACGCGGGGAACCUCGUCAAACCAAAGGCCCGCGCCAUCAACAAGAUCGGCCAUUACCUGCACGCCCUCUCGCCGCCCUUCGCUGCCGUUUCAGAUCCCGCUUCUACGCCCGACGCCGGCGGCCCCAACAAGGGCAAGCCCGCGGCCGUGGCCCGCAGCUUAGGGUUCCGGGACCCACGGUGCCUGCAGAGCAUGGUAAUUUGCAAGCAGCCCGAGAUUGGCGGCGCCGUCCCGCCCCAUCAGGAUUCUACCUUUCUGUACACGGAUCCGCCGUCGGCUGUCGGGUUCUGGUACGCCCUCGAGGAUGCGACGCUGGAGAACGGGUGCUUGAGCUUCCUGCCUGGUUCGCACCGCUGGGCGCCCGUAUCGAACCGUUUAGUGCGCAAAGCCGGCGAUGCUGGUACGGAGAUGGUGGCUAACGACGGCCCGAGGUUUCCCCCUGGCGAUGAGUACGGGGCGCACAGGGCAGCUGAGAUUGGGAAGGAGGGCGAGGAUGCGUAUGUGCCCGGCGAGGUCAAGGCCGGCGACCUGGUGCUUAUCCACGGUAACCUGCUGCACAAGAGCGAGAAGAACCUCAGCCAGAAGGGGCGCAUCAUUUACACAUUUCACGUCAUCGAGGGCGAGGGCACAACGUAUGAUAAGAGGAACUGGCUGCAGCCGCCAGAGGCCGGGUUCACCAGGUUAUAUGCUUCCUAA